AUGGACGACAAUAACAACGAGGAACACAACAACAACAACAACCACCACCACAACAACAAGCCCGGGUUCGUGGUUGUGAGUGUGCAUCACGUGAGACGCGGGAUGCUGCCAAUGUUUGAUGACGCUGAUGAUGAUGAUGAAGAAGAAGAACACAGUCAUCAGGGACCUUCCAAUGUCAUGCGUCCACCUGAUUUGCCAAUGAGGGCUGCCAGAUUUUUGCAGCAUGAUGAUGAGUGGAACUCUGAACCUUCCACUCCUUUCAGCCCUCACUCCGAGGUCACUGAGGCGCAGAGGACCAAUGGCCCACCGCCAUCUUUGAGUUACCAAGAACAGGAAACCAUAUUUUUGCAGAGGUUGAAAAAGUGCAUUGUUGUCACUUCUGGCAAUUGUGGCAUAGGGAAAAAAAACUAUCUUCAGCUUGGUCAUGUUUGUGAACUGGAGACAUUGAGAGAAAAGAGUGUUGGGUCAGAGACAACAAAAGUUAGAACCCUUCCUGGACUCAGGAGUGUGGAUGAACUGUUGGACCCUGAUGAGCCUGGUGUCCUUAUUGCAAGUGACUCUGAUGAUGAACCUAAACCUCAGGUAAGACAUUGGCUUUUUGGUAGAAAAUUAAGAAAAGAAAAAAACUUGCAAAUGUCACAGAGCAUGGGAUCAGAGCAGCUGGGCACCCUGAUGCAGCAUUUGCACCAAGAGAUGAGAAACCCUUCAGCAGGAGAGAAGCAAGCCCACUUAUUGCAGCAGUUUCUGAACCAGCAACAGGAAAAGUGCUCAUCAGACCUUCUGAUGAGACUGCAGCACCAGAACCUGGCCUUGCAGCAGUUCAAUGAUUUGCAAACCCAAUACUUGAUGCUGAAACCUGACAGGAUUCUUGAGCAGGACAAAUUGAGGAACCAAACAUUUCUGGAGAGUCUGUUGGAUGACAAGAACUGCUGGAGGAGAAUGAACCCUGCUGGAAUGAUGCUGAGCAAUCAUCAGCAGCCUCAAAAUGGUCUCCAACCAGGGAUCAAUAGACUCCAAGAUCCCAAUGGGUCAUCUCAGGACCUUGCAGGGCUCUAUGCUCAUGGUUUAUGCACUUGGCCAGGAUGUGAAACUGCCUGUGAAGACAAAGCCUCACUCUUCAAGCAUCUCUACUCAGAGCACAGAUUAGAUGACAGGUCAGCAGCUCAGGCAAGAGUUCAAAUGCAGGUGGUUACUCAGUUGGAAACCCAAGCCCAGAGAGAAAGAGAAAAACUGAAUUCUAUGAUGGCACAUUUGAGGACUUGUGCACCUGGAAACCCUGGGUAUUUGCCUCCAGAGGUUACUAUGGUGAACCAUUUUGAACCCACACCAUCACUGAGGUACAAGUUUGCUUCAAAGGAACCAUAUGCAUACUUCCAUCAUCAGGAUACUUCAGGAACCAAAAGAGUUUCCUCCUCCACAGCCUCUCCAAGUGAGCCAAAGAGGAUGAAAGCAGACCCUGAUGAAUCCAUGGAUGCUUUCCAAGACUUAUCCAGAAGAAAGUUUGAAACUCGGCCUGGUAAUGAUUUGAGUGCAGAAAUUCUGAGAAAUGGUGACUUCUACAAGGCAAAUGAUGUCAGACCUCCAUACACUUAUGCAGCCUUGAUAAGAGAGGCAAUUAUCCAGUCCCCAGAGAAGCACCUCACAUUGAAUGCCAUCUACAACUGGUUCCAAAAUACCUUUUCCUACUUCAGGAAAAAUACUGCCACUUGGAAGAAUGCUGUCAGGCAUAACCUGUCUUUGCACAAAUGCUUCAUGAGGGUGGAAAAUGUGAAAGGAGCUGUUUGGACAGUGGAUGAAGUGGAAUUUUGCAAGCGAAGGCCUCAAAGGUGCUCAACUGGACUGGGGGCUCAUGGACAAGAUGAAAGUAAAGCUCUGGAUCUAAGCCACAUGGAAGGCUCCAGCAAUGACAGCAACAUAACCAGAUCACCAACAGAGUACAAGAACCAUUCUUCUUACCUGGUUCUGAAUAGUGAUGGCUCUGGUCAUGCUUGAGUCCUGCAUCCAAUGGUGAAGGAAAAAGAAAAGGCUCAUCCACUGGAUGCUCAAAAAAAGGGGGAAACAGUUGGAAUAUGUUUUUAAUCAGGGAAGAAACUUGGUCAGUUUUUUGGUCAGAUCUCAGCAUUUAAUUUGUUUUUGUUGGUCAUGUAAAGGUGUGGCUUUUUUGGUGUGUGACAGGUGUUUUGGUUCCCUCUUGGGCAUGAAUUCCUUGUUGGUUUUUUUGUUGUGAUAAACAAAAACAAUCAUUUUGAGACAUGCA